AUGUCGUCAGACGAUUCUAUGUCAACAGUAACUGACGACCUAGAGGCCCGGAAUCUUCUCCUCGGACAGGAGAUGGUUCAUCACACUCUCGGAAGAAUGCCUGUCGAUGAUUUUCUCGAUACAUCUCUGCCUGAAUGCUUCGAGCAUCCGGACGAGAAUAUGCCCAGCUGUAAUAAUGCGUUCGACGCGAUUCCCAAGCCAAGGAAAAACAGGACAUUCCGCGAGACCUCCAUGUAUAGAAAGAUCACCGAAGCCUUCAACGCGGGAGAGACGAAUGAAAGCAAACGUUGUCCUAGUAUCACCUUCUUUGAUACCUCCACUCAGCCGGGGCCGGGACCUUUCUGCACCAAGGUUGAUGUUAGCGGCUAUGCUACAAAGCAUGAAAAUGCUGGCAUUACCAUCCCCGAUCCCAGCCUGUGGCAGAUGUUUUGGGAAGGAAAGAUCGUGGAUUUCGCCAGCGACGAAGGAAACGACUUUCUCUUCGAGCACAUUACCGACCAAGAGCAGAAAGAGCGAGCUAUAGUAGAUUUUGGUCAGAUGUCUUUCUACGCCUUCCAAAUGCUCAAUAUGCAGUUCAGAGACUUUGCGUUCUCUGUUUCUAUGACCCCACACACCGCGCGCCUCCUUCGGUGGGAUCGGUCCGGCGUGAUUGUGUCGCGUGCGAUCGACUAUCGCAGGAAUCCUCGACCACUCUGUCUCUUCCUUUGGCGCUUUGGGUACGCUACGGAUGCGCAGCGAGGAAUCGAUGUCUCCGUCCACAAGGCCACAGGAGAGCAGGAAGCACUCUUUGAAAGCCUCAUCAAAAAGCAUGUCAUCCUCCAGGAGAGCUUGGCGGAAGACUCAGAGGCAGUGAAAGAUCGCCUAGAUAGGCACUACGAAGCAGGAAAUGUGUUUCUGGUGGAUGUCUUUGAUGAAGGGUCGGAUACUGGGACAGAGGAGCUCUUGGAACCUGGCAAGAUGACGGAGUCAAAGCAGGAAGCGUCCGACGUGUUUUCCACGGCACCGAUGCCAAGCUAUCCAUCCGCGGCUGCACAGGAAGCAACGAGAAAACACCAAUUUCUGGUUUCAAGACCGGUUACUUUACCACGAUUGCUGACCUCGCGUUCGACGAAGGGAUAUUGGGCUGUCGACGUCCAAAGGUCCAAGGUCGUGUUUCUAAAGGAUUGUUGGCGGUUUUCAGUCCCUGGUAUGACGAAAGAGGGCAAUACUCUGGCAUUUCUACGGGAAAAAGGUGUGACGACCGGCAUACCAACUGUCAUUUGCCACGGCGAUGUUCAGCCUGUUGAUGCGUCUUCCAUGGUGACUUCAAGCUACGUCGACAGCCGCUGGUGCCAAGAGUAUAUGGUUCAUGCCCCCAAUCGCUGUCACAUCAUGCCCAGAGUUCAUUAUCGCCUUGUCAGUAGUGAGGUAGGAUAUACACUUGAUGAGUCGGUCGCAGGGACAAAGGAGCUCGUCAAGAGCUGUCAGUCCGUGUUCGAUGUUUUGUGUGCCGCUGAACAGAAAGCGGGAAUCAUCCACUACGACAUCUCUGCCAGCAACAUAUUUCUUGUUGCUAGUGACAAGAAUACCUCCUUUGGCGCACGUGAAGCAGUUUUGAUAAACUGGGAAUCUGCAGGCCCAGAGGGACGCAAUGAUGGUCAUAUUAUAAAACGGGGGCGAACUGAAAGCGCUGCAUUCAGGUGCAUUGCGUCGCUUCCGUCAGUAAUGGGCAAUCCGGGUGAACUACGACACUAUAGUCAUCUCCUUGUCCACGAUAUCGAGUCGCUGGUCUACGUGGCAUUGUACUGCGGACUCUUGCGCCUCCCAUGGAAUUAUUCGCCUACGGCAUCCUUACACUGGCUUCAAGGAUUUUUCAGUCUCAACACUGGACAAGUUUGGAAAAUGUCAUACGUACGGAAUACGAAGGAGGCCCGAAGUAUUUGGAAUGUGGUCUUUGCUGACUUGGUUUUCAACUCGUGGAUUCAGAAUGCUGUGGGGCUUGUCACUGAAUGGUACCCGCCCCAGAUUACUUUGCCGGCUCCUCAGACUGUCUAUGAUUUGUUCCACCGGGAAGUCCGGGUCGAUCCUGACCUCUGUCGACGAGAUGAUCGUGUUCAACAUCGGAAGGCCAUAUCAGAUGCGUUGGAAAGCAACACAUGUCCCUGGACGGGUGACAGAGCAGAUGAAAUUCACAUCUGA